UAAAGCCGCGUAUUGUGUGACCGAAGAUGCGACCGUUUCCACUGCAGCCGUUGGUUCUCCUUCUAUCCUUGUUCUUAUCGCCUUUACCGGCGAGAGCCCGUCAGGUGGGCAGAUGCAGCUUGGCCAGGCAACUCUAUCGCUAUGGUAUGCCUUAUAAUGAGCUGCCCGACUGGCUGUGCCUCGUCGAGGGCGAGAGCUCCUUCAACACCAAGGCCAUCAAUCCCGCGAAUGCGGAUGGAUCCGUCGACUGGGGUCUGUUCCAGAUCAACGAUCGGUAUUGGUGCAAGCCCGCGGACGGUCGCCCCUCCACGGAUCUCUGUAGGCUCCCCUGCCGCCUGCUUUUGAGCGACGACAUCAGAUAUUCCAUUGCCUGCGCCAAGUACAUCAGGAAGCAGCAAGGAUUCUCCGCCUGGGUGGCCUGGAACAAUCGCUGCCAGGGUGUGAAGCCCAAUGUGAGCCACUGCUUCAGGAGGAGGUACAGGAACUCGGGCUAG